CAGUUAAAACUACCACGGUAGCCGUUGUGGCCGGGUUCAUAAAAAGUGAUAGUUUGUGACAAGUGUUGUGAAGUGUUCAGGAUGCGAUAUCUGGAACCGGUAUUUUUUUUCUGACUAAUCGGCGGCACUGGAAUGUCCCCGUACGCGACCAUCUCGUGUCCAGACCCUGCUCACAACCAUGAUUCCCUGCACAUGGCCGACCACACUAUUUUUCUUGAUAUGGUUGUGCAAUGACGUGGUGUCAAAAAGGAAUCACACUCUGAAGCCCCGUGUCGUGCUUCCCGAGAAUUAUGUUAAAGAGAUGCGUCCCCCAGCUCGGAAAGGUCAGCCUGUCAUCGUAGAAUUCAGCAUUUAUGUUGUCGACGUCAACUCAAUUAACGUAGAAGAUAUGGAUUUUAGAGUGGAUAUGUUUAUAAGACAGACGUGGAGUGAAAGCCGGUUGCAGCUGCCUGAAGAUAUCUUCGAGGAAGGCGACGACCACGUCACUCUACCCCCGGAGUUCUUCGACAAUUUAUGGCACCCUGAUCCGUACUUCUUGAACUCAAAAGUUACCGAAAAGAGACCUAGAGGGAGACCACAAACUGCAUGGACAAAUGUGUUGCAACGCGAAAUGGUAGCAUGCAAUGUUUCCGAUGAUGACGUCAUGAAUAGAGCAAAGUGGAAGAAAAAUAUAAAGAAGGCUGACCCCACCAUCAUAUGGGAAGAUUAA